UUAUUGGUUUGGUUUGUCAGUGAGGUUAAGCGUGAAUUUGCACUUAUUGAGCCUCAAAAUAUAACGUCCGUUUUUCUUCGUAUACAAUCUUUAUUCAGUUAGUCUGAUCGAAGGAAUUUUACUUUAUUUUAAUUAUCUUUAUUUGUAUUUAAAAUGGGCACGUCAAGAUAUGACAGGGCUAUUACUGUUUUCUCACCGGAUGGUCAUCUUCUCCAGGUAGAAUACGCUCAAGAAGCUGUACGUAAAGGAUCUACUGCAGUUGGAGUUCGUGGCGCAGACGUAGUAGUUUUAGGGGUGGAGAAGAAGUCUGUAGCAAAGCUGCAAGAGGAGAGAACUGUACGAAAAAUAUGCCUCCUGGAUGAUCAUGUGGUGAUGGCCUUUGCAGGUCUGACUGCAGAUGCUCGAAUAUUGAUUAACAGAGCACAGAUAGAAUGUCAGUCACAUAAACUGACAGUAGAGGAUCCUGUCACGCUGGAGUACAUUACUCGAUAUAUAGCAGGAUUAAAACAAAAGUACACUCAGAGUAAUGGGCGACGUCCUUUUGGAAUCUCCUGUUUAAUAGCUGGAUUUGAUUACGACGGCAAACCUCACCUCUACCAGACUGAGCCUUCAGGCAUAUAUUACGAGUGGAAGGCAAAUGCAACAGGGCGGAGUGCUAAAACUGUCAGAGAAUUCUUGGAGAAGCACUACACAGUAGACGAUGUGUCAACAGAGAAGGGCACUGUGAAGCUGGCCAUCAAAGCUCUACUAGAGGUGGUUCAGUCAGGCCGCAAGAACUUGGAGAUUGCUGUCAUGAGAAGAGGCCAACCCAUGCAGAUGCUGAAUGCAGAACAGAUAGACGAGUAUGUGGCUGAAAUUGAAAAAGAAAAAGAAGAAGAGGCUGAGAAGAAAAAACAAAAGAAAUGAGUUUAUAUUAUCAAAUUUUGUUUUUUUAACAUUACAAAAUACAUUUUCUAAGUUUAAAAAUAACUGAAUGCUGCAAUUUCUUUAUAGUUCCUUAAAUUCUAAAAUAACUCAUGAGAAACAAAGCUUUGUCAUAAGAAGUCAAUACUAAUACUUAUACAAACAUUAAAUAAAAAAAAUGAUCUAAUAUUAA